CCUCCUGUUACGGUCGCUCCUGCUACGGUCGCUCCUGCUACGGGCCCUCCUCCUACGGGCCCUCCUGUUACGGUAGCUCCUGUUACGGUCGCUCCUACUACGGGCCCUCGUGCUACGGGCCCUCCUCUUACGGGCCCUGAUAAGAAGGUUGUAUCGCCUACUCGACGGCCCAAGUCUGCUGAGGGCUGUCAGGCACCCUGGCGGCUCAACAACCAACAUAGUUACUGCUUUGCCAAUGACUCUAAAUCUUGGGAUGAUGCCAAACGCUACUGUUCAUCCAAUGGGGGGCACCUGCUGAUAAUCCGGAGCAGCGCGGAGAGGGACUGGUUGAAAGAACAACUCGAUGGCUUUGACUACUGGAUCGGCCUGAAGAGCCCAUACCCGUGGAAGUGGAUCGACGGAACUCCUUUGAAAUCAGAACUAGCGCUCUGGGAUGCAGGUGAGCCUAACCUCCAAAAUGAAGACUGUGUUGAGAUGGGGGGACGUCGAGGUCGCUUGAACGACCUCUCCUGCACCUCCCUUAGACGUUACAUCUGCAAGCGAUGCCAAGAUAGCGAUGAGAUUAUGUACAACGGCAUUAAAGGCACUUGCAACCUCCAAGUGGAUGUGUACCAGGAAGUUUCCGAAGUGCUGUUCAAAGAGCGUCUGUACGCUGGCUGCAUCAUCGUCAUCCAAGGAAAAGUGAAGCCGAACCCAACCAAGUUUAUCGUCCACCUAUCUUUGGGCCACGGUGAAGACACCCCGAUGCGCAUCGAAGUUGAUUUCAAAGAUGGGGACCUUGAGCUAUUGACCCGCAUCGGGAGUCAUGUUGAUGGAAAGUAUGUCAACAAGAUCGUCAAAAAGGACUCCUUCCCCUUCGCAGCCGGAAGCGACUUUGAGAUGACCAUCGAGUGCGGCGACGACAUUUUCCGCUUGGCCGUCGGCAACGACUUUGAGGUGGAAUACGAGAAUGAUGGUUAUGAUCUGCAAGAUAUCCACAGGCUGUUGGUGGAGGAUGAUGUGACAGUCACCAACGUCAGGCUGAUUUGAGGCUGCCAGCGCAGUAAAAUGGGAGGUGCUGCUUCUUCUCAGGAUGUUGACGCCAUGACGGCUCUUAACUAGGGUGACCGCCAGAGGGGAAAGUGGCUAGAAUUCAUUGCUGGAACUCCCCGACAUGAAGGUCACCACGGAGCCAGAACUUUU